UCUACCAACGUUUUGGUUUGCUAACCAAAGGUUCGAAAAGGACUUCUUUAAUAUCGCGUAAUCAGGGUACCUAUAGCCAAUCUAGAUGACAAUCGCUGAUAGUAAACGGCAAUACAAACUAAAAUAAUGUAUGGAAAUAGUCACGUGACUUUUCGUAGCAUCUGUCAUCUCGAUACAUUUUUUUCUUUUUGUUAACGUUUGUCGUAGUACGAUUGUCAUUUUGGCCAGGCCCCCAGGUGUAUGAGCGCGUGUCGCACUGAUUUAAUAAGUUGUCGCAUUCAUGCAAGAACUCCAUGGUUUAAGGGCCCGGGUGCAUAAAGCGGGCGCACGCACGCGGGUGCCAUCGUAGAUAAAAUCCGUCGUACGCCUCCGCGGCAGUUAGCGCUGCUCAUACUAUUUUUCGUUAACCCGCUCAUCCGUUUCCAUUUCGUUCAUCCGCUCCGUGCAACCGCGCCAGCUAGCGGACGCCCUUGGAUUAUGAGCGUGAAGGAUCGAUGGAAUUGUCUGUCAUAGUAAAUGUAACAUGUAUACUCCUGUCAUUCAAACUGACAAAUCAGUAAAAUGUUAAACUACGAGAGUGACAGUAUUUAUGAGCCCGGCAUCUACUUGUAAAUACUAAGGUGACCUGACUCUAUUAAAAUGACAAAUACACUGUUGUUUUCGCAAGGAACAAAAAAAACAGCAGCCAUUUAAACUGAUACAAGCUUUGACAAACAUUCUAUAAGAUUCUAAAUCAUUCAAACGUUUUAGUGUGAAAUGAGCGUUAUUGAACCGAAUCAAGGCUCGGAAACCGGUUAAAUGUCCAAACCGUUAUCAUAUACUUGGCGUAAAACGUUUUAAUUCCGGUUUCGGUCGAAAACCCGUUAUUUUAAACCGGUUUUUAUGAGAACAGUUCUUGUCAAAUUAACUGGUUCAAAACAAUAAAAACCUCCAGGCCGACACAUGUAAUUGGCGCAAAACCUUUUAAUUUCGGUUUCGCUCUAAAAACCGUUUUUUUUACCGGUUUUUAUGAGUACAGUUCUUGUCAAAUUUAUCGGUUUAGUUUAGAACAAUAAAAAUCACCAGGCCGACAGGCCGUUGCGUUGCUAGCGAAUAAACGGGUUUGUUUAGAUGAGAAUAAAGUUCUUAAAACGUUCGCGUUUUUAUAAAACUUCGGAGGAAAACCGAAAUAAACCGGUAUUUUAAAAACCGGUCCUGAGCCUUGUACAGAAUCAACGUUUGUGUGCACAUGCUCUUACACGACUAAACUUUGAACAGUUAUAUAUGUAGUUAAACUGUUAAGUGUUCAGAGCAAUAAGCCGAUACUGUGCUGUAUUAUGUUUGAGUAACAUGUUUACGUAAUACAUCAAUAUCGAUAUGUUAGUAUGUACCGAACGCCUCUCGCAACGUUCGACAAAUGUUUGGAGAGCUAAACAUUAAAACGCGUGAGUUUUCGGUUGAAAGUAGUGAAUAUUUCGUUAAUUAUUAGUAUUUAAAGUGAAACGAAUGUAAACACAAGCAUUAACGUGAAAAUACUGAUUUACUACCUCAUCUUGUUUUCUCCCAAAUGCUUCUAAUCUGGCUACUCCUCAUCCCAUCAGUGGCCGCCUUUGUUUGUAAAGGCGCCUGCGAACACUGCGCGAAGAACAUGAACCAGGGUUCCGCCUCCUGUGCUCUGUGCAGGGAUUGCAAGAGAUUCGAAAAUCGUCGCAUGAUGGAGUCCCACACAAGAAUACCCAUUCUAAACGACCAGCAGAAGAAUGAUUUGAAAGAAUUGGAGAAAUUCGAGUUCAAACAGGUGAUGAAGGAGUACGGAUUGAAGCCGGAGGACUUGAUAGAUACUGACAUUGACACUAGUAUGCAGGAUGAUACUAAUUCUAACGGUACCCAGAAUAAUACUGAUCCUAACGCUUGCAUAGAUUUCAUCUCCUGCUUUGCAAAAUCGGAGGAGAACUUUAGUGGCAAAUUACUGCAUGGCAGAGUUACGUUGACAACUCAAACGCCUAAAAAAAAAUGCCGCAACAUGUGCUCACCACGUUUCACUCCCAGCCCUACGCGGACUACACGUUGUCCCCCUGUCACGCCUUGCAAGAAAGCCUUGAUGAAGAUCACACGAACGGACGGACGAACAAGGUCGACGUUACCACCUCAUGAGUCGAUUUUAAGCGAUAUAGUCACUCUGGGAGAUUCAGACUACGAUUUAAAUGACCAAGGUUGUCCUACCCAGCCCAGUUGCUCUGAUUACGAAGACUAUGAAAUGCGAGUUACAAAAAGGGGGUCUGUCUCUCCACCAAAGAUUGUUACGAAAACAUGUUGUCCCAAGAAACUGCUUAAGAUGCUAACCACAACACCAGCCUGUGUGACUUGUAUGCCUUUUUGUCAGCAGCCUUGCGCGAUUGUCACACAAAUACCUUUUCUACCGACAUCUAUGCCUCAAGAGACCCGGGAAACUCUUAUCACAGUAAAACCAAUGACAGCAAAAAACAUACCAACCGAGAGUAGUGAAGAAAAAGAAAAAAACCAACCAAAAGAAGAAAUAACCAAAAGUUCGACUGAAGGCACGACCAAGGACUAUAUUUACGUCUAUGUCGGCGUUCCAAAAGAUGUGAAACAUCUUCGUAAAGGCUAAAAUAUUAUGUAUUUCUUUUUAA